UUGAAUUUAAUUGCUAGAUCCUGUGCAUAGGAUUUGGCACUUAUAUCAUUCCAUUCUUUCUUUUGAUUUUUGAUUUUAAGAAGUAGACAGUUAUGAACAACACUGGGUUUAAAUCAACUGGCCGGGGUAAAGCCGAGGAACCUGAUAAAGUUGAUAUGUCUUUAGAUGACAUUAUCCGUCUGAAUAAGAAGCAGAGGAUGCAGACGCAACGGACAGGAGCAGGAAAACGUCGUAUCCCGGUGAAGGGACGUUUCUCCCAGGGAAGACGAGUUGGAACACGGACAGGAACCUCAUCUCAGAGAGGAGGGGGUGUGAAUAAACUAUUUGGCCGGAACAGAAGGGUGUUGCCUCAGGUUGCACGUCGACGAAGCCAAGGAGUCAUCACCGGAUUGGCAGCCAGAAGAACAGCUUCUCUGCUGAAGGGUGUGAGCCCGUUGAAUAGACCAGCUCUCAGUCAGAAACCGCGUCCCUUUAUUAAGCGUCGCGACAGCCAGAGAAGGCAAACACAGAUCCAGAGGCAGCCGUACAGACAGACAGAGGUGCCCAAAACGCCAAACUCUGUGAAACGCAGACCUAUCCAGCUUCGCAGAUGGACCACUCCUCCAGUUCAUCAGGCCCAGAGAGAUGCUCGGCAGGCCACAUUCCUUUUCCGAAGGGGCCUCAAGGUCCAUGCACAAGUGCAGAAGACACAGGCACCAGCAACACACAGGACCCGUCCAUGGCGCACUUCUACCACAAGUACCGGCAUCCUGACCGUGUCCAUAGACAACCCUAAUGCCAGAACACAGCCUGAGCCUGCCCACUCAUGGUCUCUGCACCCCUCAACCUCUGCAUCAUCAGCAGUGAAGAUGGAGGUUGAACCUGAGAGAAAACCACCAAAAGGAGUUCCCCUGCAGUUUGACAUCAACAGUGUUGGGAAGCAGACGACAAUGACCCUCAACGAACGAUUCCGUAUUUUGAAGGACCAGCGGGUUGCUGCAGCACACAGUACCAAAAGUGGUCGAUUUGUCACUGUGGGCUAGUGACUAACCCUGAGGACCACUGAAGGCAGAGGACUGAUGUCACAUGUCCCUCUUGUACCAGUCAUAGAGAUGAAUACUGAACCACACCUACCUGAGAUGAGAGAACAGCCAAAAUAGGGACCUAAGCUUAUCAUGAGCUGAUCAAGUGCUGUUCACAAUGGACAUACAUUGGUUUUUCUAGAAUGGACAAGACGCAUUGGCAAAUGAGAAUAUGAUUACACUAAUGUGCUGAUGGAAGAGUUAGGGUGAGUGUUACUUUUCGUAUAUGGCAACUGUUCUUUCUUUUUGUACUGCCAAGCCAAUGUUAUCGUUCCCAAAUUUCAGCUAUUUUGUGUUGUAUCUUGAACUGUCCUCUGAAUUUGUUAGGGUAAUGCUUUUGCAUAUAAUGGGAGGCUGCUUGUAGUUGACUGGAG